AUGACGUUACUACAAAGCCGACGAUAUAUUCUCGGUCUAUUAGUUCUGUUGUCCGUAGUGUUCAUAUGGGUGGGAAGUGCUUUUCUAAUGAAUUAUAUGUUUGUAAACCAAGAUUACAAUAAACCAUUUGCAGUUUCAUUUUUAAACCAAAGCUCUUUUUCAUUGUACUUACUUUUGACGCUGUUCAACAAAAAGAAGCCGGCUUCUGAUAAGCAAAGUGAAUCCAAUCGCGCGCUAUACGACGCAGCAUCAAAAUCGAUUGAGUCUACCAACAAAGAUAAUGUUUCGCAUCAUCUCAUUGACUCUGAUCAACAGAGCCAACGAGAAACUUAUAAAAAUUCUUUGCCGAAAAUAAAAUCUAAUAAUCUCAAUGACAGUGAAAACAAUAACGAAGAAACUACUUUUCUGUUAGAUUCCACUCAAGAUCCUCACGAUAUACCUUCUGAUUAUGUACACGAUAAGCUGACCAAAAACGAGGUAUGUGUUUGCACAAGUGAUUAUACUUCUAAACCAUCAGAUAAUACUAUUGGUAUGAUAGGUUGUUGGUGUAACAAUGCAUCUCUUGCGUAUACAAACGUCUCCAGCAGUACAAUUAUGGCUUCCAUGUCUGGUAUUGGGUCGUUAUUUGGUAUUGAAAAGUUCAACUUGAUUAAAUUUGUGGCUGUAACUAUAAGUGUAACAGGUGUCACUCUUGUAUCAUUAUCCGAUAAGUCAGAUACAUCUGAUGAUGAUCCAAACAUACCAUCAGCACCUCUGCUUGGUGAUAUCCUUUCUCUUUUAGGCGCAUUCUUUUACGGAUGCAACAUAGUGCUUUUAAAACGACGGAUCCGUGAUGAAUCACGUAUUGACAUGCAUUUAUUUCUGGGCUACGUCGGCGUUUUCACCUUCAUUCUACUCUGGCCUGGGUUCUACUUGUUUCACAUCACGGGCAUCGAAAAAUUCAAACUACCUUCAACUGAUAUAUUAUGGUUGAUGGUGGCUAUCAACGCAUUGAUAGGCACAUUUUUAUCCGAUUAUCUAUGGUUAUUAGCCACUUUUAUGACUUCACCGUUGGUGGUCACUCUUGGGCUCUCAUUAACCAUUCCAUUGACGUUAGCUGGUGAUGUUUUCUAUAAAGAAAUUCAUCUAGGCACGCAGUAUUGGGUUGGUGCUGUUUUUGUGCUUUUGGGAUUUUUGACCGUGAAUUUGGCGACGCUUCGAGAGCAGAAACAGUUGAAACAUGAUCGUGUCUACAAUGAAGACAACGAUGGUGAGGUUUAA